CAAGUCUGGACACAGGUAUCAAACAGACAGCCGUGGAUCAGAGCUGAAUCGUCCUCUUUUUUUGGCCAAAGGCUUACAGCAUGUCCGAAAUGCUUGACGACAUCAUCACAAAGAACUUCAUGAACCUGGCCCUGGAUGAAGUCCUGCUCCCGCCACAGUCUCAACUCAAAGUCCCAGGGCAGAGUCGGCUGAACCGGUCCGGCUCCUUCUUCUCUCCCCCCUCCCCUCCUGCCUCCUCGAGCCACAGCAUGAGCACGGAGCAUGUUAACAGUAACGACAGCGGCAGCCCUUUCUGGCCGUCCAACAUCUGGGGCCAGGGCCCUGUCUCCAAGCCCAAACAGCUCCCCUUCAGGCCUGACCGCUCCAUGAGCCUGACCGAGUCCAGCAGCAGCCUGCUUUCCUCCUUUGGACAGCUGAAGAACCUGGAGGCUUUUUCCUCGGGCCCUGCCACUGCUGUGGCUCCACCGCCGGGCUUCCCUCCCUCUUCUACCCUCCCGCCCCAGGUCCAACCAAUGGUGUCCCCUAAUCGUUACAAGACUGAGCUGUGCCGUGGCUUCCAGGAGACCGGCAGCUGCAAGUACGGCACCAAGUGCCAGUUUGCACAUGGCGAGGCAGAGUUGCGAGGACUGUACCGCCACCCCAAGUACAAGACAGAGCCCUGCAGAACCUUCUACAACUUCGGCUACUGCCCUUAUGGCUCACGCUGCCACUUCAUCCAUGAGGACAAAAUCAGUGGUGGUCCGUUACCGUCCGCUAAAUUCCCGAAUCAGCUGCAACCGGCUCCUGCAGCAACCCGCCACCAGCUGCGGCAGAGUGUCAGCUUCGCCGGGUUCCUGGGCUCCUCACGCAGCUCACCUCCUCCGUCAUUCCCUUCGUCCUUCAACGAUCCUAACCUGGUGUUCAGCCGCGCUCCCUCUGUUUCUCCACCUCCUGCUGAACUCCUCUCCCCAGUGUUCGGUGACUCCCUGCAGCGGGAGGGAGCCUCGUUCCAGUUUGGCAACUAUCAGACCCGUGCCAGCACUGGAGACAUCCACAACAUUCCUCUGAUCCUGGAGCCAAAGGCCUCACGCUGUGUGUGUGGCCAUGGAAAUAACUUUAACAGCAACAACAGCAGAGCCUUCGCCAGCGUGGAGGAUGGGCACCACCAGGACAGCAAGCUGUUUCCUGGUCCUGGAGGCCACGGGGGAUUCGUGAAGCCUGCUGGACUCCAGCGCUUCUCCUCUGAGGACUCCCUGGAGGACAGCUACAGCAGCAGCAGCGGAGGCUCCAGCGGAACCGAGUCUCCAACGUUCGAUGGAUCAGCCACCAAGAGGCUCACUGUGUUUGAACGCCUGUCGCUGUCCGACUGAACGGACCCAAAGCGAAAGAACAGAAGAGAACUGACACCUUGGUAACUGUGUCUGUUCGUCUGGACUUUCUUCAGAACCAGAACUGAUCAGGACAAGUCAACUCUGACACAAUAACACUUUAAGUUCUUAAUUUAUGCUUGUAAAAAUGGAACUCGUCUUGGAUAAACUACACAUGCUGAGAUGAUUUUAGUACCAAAAUGUUAUCAGACUCUAUUUUUAUACUUUAAAAUAUUGUGUAGCCUUUUAGACCUUUGUAUGUGGUCUUCCAUAAGAAUUAACUCCUCUGCAGGUCUUGACAGUACCAGUAAAUAGCCUGGUUUGUACUUACCGUAAAUCUGUAGUGAUCAAAAUGGCUUUAGUGAUAAUUAUUCAUUCCUGUGCCUUAAAGAUUCUCCCUGCCUGAUAGGCUAUUUACUCUUGGUGCCACAAACAGUAUGUUUGAUUCAGUAGCCUUAAUCAGUGAGACCUGACACGUGUCAAUGAUGCCAUUUUAUCUGUGAUAUGCACUUUACAGCUAAUUCAAAUGGGAGAAACUGUCAAGUCUCCCAGUAGCAUUCAAACCAAAGCUUCAUACUUCACUCUGCUCUGUGUGUGUAUGAGUGUGUGUGCGUGUGUUUCUGUAUAUAUGCAUGUGUGGAUGCAUGUGUUGUUUUUCUGAGACCUGGGGUGCAAGCACGUGUAAGCUGCAGAAUCCUGAGAGAUCAAAAGUGUGCAUAUAGGAAAAUGUAUGUCAGUGAGGUUGGCUCUAAAUGUCUGUAUCCUGACACGCUUUCUACGAUUCAGCUGUGUAAAACAUUCUGUCAUCUUUGCUGGUUUGUAAAUUGCACCCCAUGUUUUAUUGUCCCCUGUUUGUUUGACAACCUGGUUCAGGGACUUUGACACCGCAGUAUUCCUUUCGGUUAUUGGUUGCCUUGUGUUAACUUAAACUAAUAUAUUUAUUAUGAUAUUUAUUUGUGUUUAAAGAAAAAAAAUGUAUUUUGUACGUUAUUUAUGGAGAAAUAUUUCAAGGUCUGUGAAAUACCAAUGUGAGAAAACGCAGUAAAAAAGAGAAUCUUAUAUUUUUAAUUGCCUGAAAGGGACAAAAUAAAUUUCUGAAUAAAGAAAUGAAUGCACACUGUU